AUGUAUCAAGAUUCUCUAGAUUCUAUACUCGAUCACGAUCCAUUGCCAUGCAAGGACUCUGACACCAAUCUUGUUGCCCAACUCAAGCAUCAACUUGCGGAGUCACAACACACAAUUGCCAGUCUCCAAGCAGAUGUACAAAGGCUGGCGAGUGAAAAUACAAGUCUCAAUACUACCUGCCAGGCCUUACAGAAUAUCAUUGUUAAUAUCCGAGGUUCAGCAAGCUCAGUCGCAUCGAGCUCAUCGUUAUCUGUCACUUCAAGCACUUCAUCUGGCACCAAUAGCAACGAUGAACAUAAGCCACCCCUCCUUCUCAAUGGAACAAUUGAAGAAGCCUGCGAUCACGAGCUCAAUCAGACUGAAUUUCUGUCAGUGGAGUCUUGGAUCAAAAAGGGAUGGCAGGAACAAUACCCUCCGAGCACAUCAGCUGUUCCUGAUUCCUCCUCAAAAAAAUCAGCACAUGGAUCCAGACAGAUGGCACAAGGUAUCAAUGUGUCGACUUACCUCCAGGACAAGGACAGCAUGCCUGUAUCAGCUCAGCGUGCAAAGUCAAUUCGAUUGACAAUGCUGUCUUGCUUCUGCCAACUUCAUACUCAAGGACUUGCACCAGAAUUGAUCGGCCAAGCUUCUCUGGAUGUCCUCAAAUGGCUGGUUCAUACAUUGCGCAAGACCCAUUUCGAGCUUCAACUUUGUGCCGAUAAUUGGAAAAUAAUGAAACUUAUGACCGACAACUACCCCCAAUGGCACAAGUAUCACACGAAGAAAAGAAGCAGCAACCAUGUGAAGGCUGAGCAAGACUUAGAAGACAAGAGCAUCACAGACUUGGUCCCAAUUGCCACUCAGAAACGGAGAUCAUCUGAACCCGACAAUGAAUAUGCCAUCAAAGAAGAGGUUGAUCUGACUGCAUCAUCCACCAAUGAUAUCAUACAAGAUUCUUCCCCCAACCAUGAACCUACACCUCCACCCAGUACCGACAAAGGGAAAGCAAAGGAAGUGAUAACCGUAGAGAUCAAAAAUCCUCUUUCUAAUCUUGCCCCCAAGCCUCAGCCCAGACCAAUUCCAUUGGAGAUUCCUGCAACUUCAACUUCGACUUCUGAACUUAAUCUUACCCCAAUUCCAUCCACCAACAACAUCACACAGCAUACACUAAUCUCCAUGCCAGAGGUUCCAUCAACUGCAGAUUCGACUUCACUUGAUGUGAAAAUGAAAGUCAUCGCAGCGUCCCAGAGCGCCAAGCAAAUGAAGAUCACAAUCAACAGCUCGAAGCCUGAUACCAUCAAGAAGCGUCAGCUGAGUACCAAGCCGAUGCAUGUGAGUGCAAAGAUCACUGCACGGAACUUGUGUGCUUUGGAUUGGCAAUCAAAUGGCCAUCAAAAGGAACCUGCGACAGUCUUCGCAUCUUACUGGAACGGGUUAUCUAAAGCCGACAAAGACGUGUAUACAUACAAAUGCAAAGCAACAGCUCAGCUCAAAUCAUGUGGGGUUGUUGGAACCAUUCGCGACGUGGACAAGGAGUAG